AUGACGUCCAUGUCUGGGGCCGCACCUCAGGCCCGCAGUUCAAGCUCAGGAGUCAGGACCCCCUUGUUUACCCGUUCAAGCUUCAUCGACGACGACUUCGCGACAUCCCUUUGUCGAAACCGGGCAUUCCAACCGCAAUGGCCGUCUUCCAACGGCGGUAGCCGCAUCGUUGUCCUCGGCAGUGUGCGCCUCGGCCUUGCGGCUGUCAACAUGUCUUUUCUGGGAAACCCGCCGCCCAACUACCACACGCCGCCCUUUCCGUCCCUCAACGUCAACACGCUCCAAGACCGCACACCCAAUCGCACCUACACGCUCUAUCGUAUUACAGAUGUCUGGAAGUUUACCGUACUCUGGACUUUGAUCACCUAUAUAUUUUUCCACCUCGGGGCGGUGCUAGUGGCCGUGUUUAGUCAUGGGCUCAACAAAGGGUCGUGGCGGUUUCUCUGGGCUGUUCCCAUCAUAUACCUAUUGAUAGCAGGCAUUGAGGCUAUUAUAGCUGGGAGCAUUGUCGGUCUUGUGUAA